AUGGAGCGGUCAGUGUGUCUCCCUGCAGUGUGUCUCCCUGCAGUGUGUCUCCCUGCAGUGUGUCUCCCUGCAGUGUGUCUCCCUGCAGUGUGUCUCCCUGCAGUGUGUCUCCCUGCAGUGUGUCUCUCUGCAGUGUGUCUCCCUGCAGUGUGUCUCCCUGCAGUGUGUCUCGCUGCAGUGUGUCUCCCUGCAGUGUGUCUCCCUGCAGUGUGUCUCUCUGCAGUGUGUCUCUGCAGUGUGUCUCCCUGCAGUGUGUCUCUCUGCAGUGUGUCUCCCUGCAGUGUGUCUCCCUGCAGUGUGUCUCGCUGCAGUGUGUCUCCCUGCAGUGUGUCUCGCUGCAGUGUGUCUCCCUGCAGUGUGUCUCGCUGCAGUGUGUCUCUCUGCAGUGUGUCUCCCUGCAGUGUGUCUCCCUGCAGUGUGUCUCCCUGCAGUGUGUCUCCCUGCAGUGUGUCUCCCUGCAGUGUGUCUCCCUGCAGUGUGUCUCCCUGCAGUGUGUCUCCCUGCAGUGUGUCUCCCUGCAGUGUGUCUCCCUGCAGUGUGUCUCCCUGCAGUGUGUCUCUCUGCAGUGUGUCUCGCCGCGGUGUGUCUCCCUGCAGUGUGUCUCCCUGCAGUGUGUCUCCCUGCAGUGUGUCUCCCUGCAGUGUGUCUCGCUGCAGUGUGUCUCCCUGCAGUGUGUCUCCCUGCAGUGUGUCUCCCUGCAGUGUGUCUCCCUGCAGUGUGUCUCCCUGCAGUGUGUCUCCCUGCAGUGUGUCUCCCUGCAGUGUGUCUCUCUGCGGUGUGUCUCUCUGCGGUGUGUCUCGCCGCGGUGUGUCUCGCUGCGUGUGUCUCUGCAGUGUGUCUCUCUGCAGUGUGUCUCGCCGCAGUGUGUCUCGCCGCAGUGUGUCUCGCCGCAGUGUGUCUCGCCGCAGUGUGUCUCCCUGCAGUGUGUCUCGCUGCAGUGUGUCUCUCUGCAGUGUGUCUCGCCGCAGUGUGUCUCCCUGCAGUGUGUCUCCCUGCAGUGUGUCUCCCUGCAGUGUGUCUCCCUGCAGUGUGUCUCCCUGCAGUGUGUCUCCCUGCGUGUGUCUCGCCGCAGUGUGUCUCCCUGCAGUGUGUCUCCCUGCAGUGUGUCUCUGCAGUGUGUCUCUCUGCAGUGUGUCUCGCCGCAGUGUGUCUCGCCGCAGUGUGUCUCGCCGCAGUGUGUCUCGCUGCAGUGUGUCUCUCUGCAGUGUGUCUCGCCGCAGUGUGUCUCCCUGCAGUGUGUCUCUCUGCAGUGUGUCUCUCUGCAGUGUGUCUCGCCGCAGUGUGUCUCGCUGCAGUGUGUCUCUCUGCAGUGUGUCUCUCUGCAGUGUGUCUCCCUGCAGUGUGUCUCUCUGCAGUGUGUCUCGCCGCAGUGUGUCUCUGCAGUGUGUCUCUGCAGUGUGUCUCGCUGCAGUGUCUCGCCGCAGUGUGUCUCUGCAGUGUGUCUCGCUGCAGUGUCUCGCCGCAGUGUGUCUCUGCAGUGUGUCUCGCCGCAGUGUGUCUCGCCGCAGUGUGUCUCGCCGCAGUGUGUCUCGCCGCAGUGUGUCUCGCCCCGUCUCCAGUGACCACAUGUGA